GUCCUCCUGCCUUGGGUGCUCAUGCUGGGCAGGACUAGGGGAUGGCCUGGCAGGUGGGCCUGGCAGGGCAUGAGGGCCACUGGCCAGCCUCGGAGGUGAAUUUUGCCAUCAGCAACUCAUGGCUCAGACUGAAUGCAGAUCUGCAGAGAACGCUCUGGAAGAGUAGACCUCAGUUUUGUCUCAACUUCGCCCCUGGAUUCUUCUCACCUCUCCCCAGGUGUCCGUGCUCAGCCACUUCCCCACAGCAGCUCCCUCCAUUACACCUCACCCAGGCCCUGGGACCUCCGGUGGUCACCCACCCAUAGCCGAGGCUGCACCUGUGAAGAGGUCGGGCACCCUGUCCUCCCAGCACCACAGGCAGGAUGGGCGACAUGGCCAACAGCUCCAUCGAGUUCCACCCCAAGCCCCAGCAGCAGCGGGAGGCCCCCCACGCAGGCGGCUUUGGGUGCACGCUGGCCGAGCUACGUUCCCUCAUGGAGCUCCGAGGAGCCGAGGCGCUGCAGAAGGUCCAGGAAGCCUACGGGGAUGUCAGUGGGCUUUGCAGGAGGCUGAAGACCUCACCCACAGAGGGCCUGGCCAACAAUGCCAAUGACUUGGAGAAGCGCAGGCAGAUCUAUGGGCAGAACUUCAUCCCUCCCAAGCAGCCCAAGACCUUCCUGCAGCUGGUGUGGGAGGCCCUGCAGGAUGUGACCCUAAUCAUCCUGGAGGUAGCUGCCAUCGUCUCCCUGGGCCUCUCAUUCUAUGCGCCGCCCGGAGAGGAGAGCGAAGCAUGCGGGAAUGUGUCAGCUGGGGCAGAAGACGAAGGGGAGGCCGAGGCCGGCUGGAUCGAGGGAGCCGCCAUCCUGUUGUCGGUCACUUGUGUGGUGCUGGUCACGGCCUUCAAUGACUGGAGCAAGGAGAGGCAGUUCCGGGGCCUGCAGAGCCGCAUCGAACAGGAACAGAGGUUCUCGGUCAUCCGGGAUGGCCAGCUGCUGCAGGUCCCCGUGGCCGCACUGGUGGUGGGAGACAUCGCACAGGUCAAGUACGGAGACCUGCUCCCUGCUGAUGGCGUGCUCAUCCAAGGCAACGACCUCAAGAUCGACGAGAGCUCCCUGACAGGCGAGUCAGACCACGUGCGCAAAUCAGCUGACAAAGACCCCAUGCUGCUCUCAGGUACUCAUGUCAUGGAAGGUUCUGGAAGAAUGGUGGUGACUGCCGUUGGUGUGAACUCCCAGACAGGCAUCAUCUUUACCUUGCUUGGAGCCGGUGGAGAGGAAGAGGAGAAGAAGGAUAAGAAAGGCAAGCAGCAAGAUGGGGCGAUGGAGAGUAGCCAGACCAAAGCUAAGAAGCAGGACGGGGCAGUUGCCAUGGAAAUGCAGCCCCUGAAGAGCGCGGAGGGCGGGGAGAUGGAGGAACGGGAGAAGAAGAAAGCCAGUGUGCCCAAGAAGGAGAAGUCGGUCCUGCAGGGCAAGCUCACCAAACUGGCCGUGCAGAUCGGGAAAGCAGGACUGGUGAUGUCUGCCAUCACUGUCAUCAUCCUGGUCCUCUACUUUGUGAUUGAGACCUUCGUCGUCGACGGCCGGGUGUGGCUGGCGGAGUGCACGCCCGUGUACGUGCAGUACUUCGUGAAGUUUUUCAUCAUUGGCGUCACUGUACUGGUUGUGGCCGUCCCGGAGGGCCUGCCUCUGGCUGUCACCAUCUCCUUAGCUUACUCUGUCAAGAAAAUGAUGAGGGACAACAACCUGGUCCGCCACCUGGAUGCCUGUGAGACCAUGGGCAAUGCCACCGCCAUCUGCUCAGACAAGACGGGCACACUCACCACCAACCGUAUGACCGUGGUCCAGUCCUACCUCGGGGACACCCACUACAAAGAGGUUCCAGCCCCCAGCACCCUGACCCCCAAGAUCCUCGACCUCCUGGUCCACGCCAUCUCCAUCAACAGUGCCUACACCACCAAAAUACUACCUCCAGAGAAGGAAGGCGCUCUCCCACGCCAAGUGGGCAACAAGACAGAGUGUGCUCUGCUGGGCUUUGUCCUGGACCUGAAGCGGGACUUCCAGCCUGUGCGGGAGCAGAUUCCAGAAGAUAAGCUUUACAAAGUCUACACCUUCAACUCCGUCCGCAAGUCCAUGAGCACGGUCAUCCGCAUGCCUGACGGCGGCUUCCGCCUCUUCAGCAAAGGCGCCUCAGAGAUCUUGCUGAAAAAGUGCACCAACAUCUUAAACAGCAAUGGUGAGCUGCGUGGCUUUCGCCCUCGGGACCGGGACGACAUGGUGAAGAAGAUCAUCGAGCCCAUGGCUUGUGACGGCCUCCGCACCAUAUGUAUUGCCUACCGGGACUUCUCGGCCGCUCAGGAGCCUGACUGGGACAAUGAGAACGAAGUUGUGGGCGACCUCACCUGCAUAGCUGUCGUGGGCAUCGAAGACCCCGUGCGGCCCGAGGUCCCUGAAGCUAUCCGCAAAUGCCAGCGUGCUGGCAUUACAGUCCGCAUGGUGACCGGGGACAACAUCAACACAGCCCGGGCCAUUGCGGCCAAGUGCGGCAUCAUCCAGCCUGGGGAGGACUUCCUGUGCCUGGAGGGGAAGGAGUUCAACCGGCGCAUCCGCAAUGAGAAAGGCGAGAUAGAACAGGAGCGUCUGGACAAGGUGUGGCCCAAGCUGAGGGUCCUCGCCCGAUCAUCUCCCACCGACAAGCAUACUCUGGUCAAAGGGAUCAUUGACAGCAGCACUGGUGAGCAGCGGCAGGUGGUAGCCGUGACCGGGGACGGCACCAACGAUGGGCCAGCCCUCAAAAAGGCAGACGUGGGCUUUGCCAUGGGCAUCGCAGGAACUGACGUGGCCAAGGAGGCCUCAGACAUCAUCCUGACCGAUGACAACUUCACCAGCAUUGUCAAGGCGGUCAUGUGGGGCCGCAACGUCUACGACAGCAUCUCCAAGUUCCUGCAGUUCCAGCUGACCGUCAAUGUGGUGGCCGUGAUCGUGGCCUUCACGGGUGCCUGCAUUACUCAGGACUCUCCUCUCAAAGCCGUGCAGAUGUUGUGGGUGAACUUGAUCAUGGACACGUUUGCCUCUCUGGCCCUGGCGACGGAGCCGCCCACCGAGGCGCUGCUGCUGCGGAAACCGUACGGCCGGGACAAGCCCCUGAUCUCACGCACCAUGAUGAAGAAUAUUCUGGGCCACGCGGCGUACCAGCUCACCAUUAUCUUCACACUGCUGUUCGUCGGGGAGCUCUUCUUCGACAUUGACAGCGGGAGGAACGCACCCCUGCAUUCUCCGCCCUCGGAGCACUACACCAUCAUCUUCAACACCUUCGUCAUGAUGCAGCUCUUCAAUGAGAUCAACGCCCGCAAGAUCCAUGGUGAGCGCAACGUCUUCCAGGGCAUCUUCAGCAACCCCAUCUUCUGCACCAUCGUCCUGGGCACCUUUGCAAUUCAGAUUGUCAUCGUCCAGUUCGGCGGAAAGCCCUUCAGCUGCUCCCCCCUUUCCACGGAGCAGUGGCUCUGGUGCCUGUUCGUUGGCGUUGGGGAGCUGGUCUGGGGACAGGUCAUCGCCACCAUCCCCACCAGCCAGCUCAAGUGUCUGAAGGAAGCAGGGCAUGGGCCCGGGAAGGAUGAGAUGACGGACGAGGAGCUGGCCGAGGGGGAGGAAGAGAUUGACCACGCAGAGCGGGAGCUCCGCAGAGGCCAGAUCCUCUGGUUCCGGGGCCUCAAUCGGAUUCAGACGCAGAUGGAGGUAGUGAGUACCUUCAAGAGAAGCGGUUCAUUUCAGGGUGCUGUGCGCCGGCGGUCUUCGGUCCUCAGCCAGCUCCAUGACGUAACCAAUCUUUCUACCCCUACUCACAUCCGGGUGGUGAAAGCAUUCCGUAGCUCGCUCUAUGAAGGCCUGGAGAAACCAGAAUCCAAGACCUCCAUCCAUAACUUCAUGGCAACGCCCGAGUUUCUGAUCAAUGACUACACCCACAACAUCCCACUCAUCGAUGACACGGACGUGGACGAGAAUGAGGAGCGCCUGCGGGCCCCCCCGCCCCCGUCCCCCAACCAGAACAACAACGCCAUAGACAGCGGCAUCUACCUGACCACGCACGGCACCAAGUCAGCUACCUCGUCAGUGUUUUCUUCCAGACCUGGGAGCCCGCUCCACAGCGUGGAGACGUCCCUCUAAGGGAAGUGCUCUCAGCACGCGCGCACCGCACACACGCGCACUCGGCUGGGAAGGCGCAGGCCUGCAAGGAGCGCAUGGCCCAGGCGGCUGAAGGUGGUGCUGUGUUUCCCUUUUUUCUAUCGAAGCGUUUUUUUAAUGAACACUACAAUUCCACCAGAUGUUCGCUGUUUGGGCUGUGCGGUGGGGCGGGGGGCUGGUUGCAGCUUAUGGGGCGUUUCACUGCACCCACCGGAGAGCAAUCGGACCCAUAGGUUCAUUCAGAAAGAAAAAUGAUGAACAUUGCUCUGCAGGGCCAGGAAGGAUGCCCUGCCCGCACAGCCCACCGCUGGGAGCCGCCUGCAAAUGUACCUGCACCACCAAGCGCCCCUCCCCCAGGACACAUGAGCGGUCUGUAUGUGUGUGCGUGUGUGCAUAGAGAUGUGUGUGCGUAUAGACAUAUACGUACAUAUAUGACCAGAUGCAUAUUUAAAGUAUAAGGAGCUAUUUAUCAGCAUGAUAUUACCAUUCCUCUUAUCAGGUGUUUUCAUUUUGAAAUUUCAUUAUUUAUUGUGGCAGGUUUUUUUCGGGGAAUGAGACUGUAAGAACAUCUUUUUGGUUGCUUGCCCCCCCCCACCGCUGCCCCCCAUGUCCCGCCCAGCCUCCGUUCUCCAUCCCGAUCCUCCUUCCCGCACAGUUCCUGGGAAUGUUGCUGUAGAGAUUCCUGAGAAGGCUGGGGAGAGAGAUACGAGGCCGGAGCGGUUAGAAUUGGAACUUUUGCACUUUGAGACCCCUGCCUAUAGAGGAGAAAAAAAAAAAACGUUUUCAAUGGAAUUUUUUAUUUAAAAGGAAAAUACCAAAGUAUUGAUGAGAAUGAUCCCCUCCAGUAGGUAGAAAGGGGAGUUUUGCUCUCAAGUUUCCUUCAGUUUCAACUCCAGCUCCUGAAUUCGGGCUGGUGGGCUUUCUUUGUCCGCGCUCCAACCUCAACAGCAUGUCAGUUCUCAGUCGCCACCUGCCAAAGCACUCUUCCAACCCGGGUCUUCUCAUUCAAGGACAACUAUGACCCACAAAGUCAUGGAUUCGUGUCUGUAGCCACCUACGGUGACAUGGGGGAAGCAGAUGCAGGAGCAAAGCCGCCGGGAGCAACGGCACCUCACCACUAUCACUCCAGUCACACCCGUGGCUCUGUCUCACGAGCCCGGAAGGCUGAGGAGGUCAGCUUUGCCGUGCCGGCUGAGCACCCUGUCUGCAGGUGGGAGAGCUGGGCCUGGGCUCCCCAGACGGCUCCCUCAGGGACCUCUCCUUGCAGCAUGGGCACCCCUUGUGCCAAGCCUCAGUUUCCCCUGAAUGCUCACUAAGCAGGGAGGGAAAUGCAGAAAAAGCAGAGGUUCCUUUACCUUCUGGUUCAUCUGUCCCGUGUUUGCAGAGAAGCAGGUGCGGCCCGACUGUAGCUUGCACAUGCGCCUAUCGCUUGGGCCUGAGGCUGAGCCGCUGAGGGACAGCUGGGAGCCGAGGGACAUGGAUCAGAAUAGAAAUGCGGCAAGGCUGGCUCACCCGUCAUGUCCCCUAUGCCACACCCACCUGCAGGGGGCUCGUCUCACCUCCACCUGCAUCUGUGAGCACCUGGGUCGACAUCCAAAGCAUGCUCAGUUCCUACCGUUAACAUGAAUGCCGUGUCACCCCUGAGCAGGAGGAGUCAAAUCUUGGGCAAAGGAAUUCCAGUUAGAAAAGAAAAUCCCACUUAAAAUGCCAGCUACAGAUAACUUAAAGCCAUCCCUUUAUUCCAAAGGGCACAUUGAGAAUGUUACCCAUUUGUAAAUUGUUCCCUAAUGUCCUUGUUUAAACAACAAAAAGGGCAACUCAAUUUGUUGAGGGUCUGUGUGUUCUUAAACUAGAAAUAAAAUUGGAAAUCUUUCAACUGAAGAAGAUAAGCCGCAUAUGCUCUGACACCCUGGUAGAACAAAUGGUCAAUAUAGAUGAAACAAAAACCCUCACUGCUGCUGUACAAAGUUGCCUACUCUGUGUGUCCAUUGUUUUGUCCCUAGGUUGCCUUUCCUCGGGGUGUGGGGUUCAGGAAAGGGGCGCCGUGACCUCAGAUUGUCGCUCUGGUUUCUGUACAGUCUUCAGGCCGAGGGACCUGUCUUGUGAGGAAGCCCCCUCUAUAAAGCAUAUUACAUGGAA